AGGGCGCAUUAGUUUUCUCGGACAAGAAGUGAGAAGAACGUCGCCAGACGAAGUCACAAAAUAAAUACAGAAGAAAAAGAGAAAUAUGGCAGGAUUAUUAAACAUACCUAUUAAAAGAAAAGUUACUUCAAAUCUUUCAAACGUUCAAUGCCAAAAAUGUUUAGAAAAAGGUCAUUGGACCUACGAAUGCACGGGCAAAAGGAAAUACUUACAUAGGCCUUCUCGAACCACCAUCUUAAAAAAGAAACAAAAACUUGAAGAGGGGAAGAAACAGUACAUGACUCAGCAAGCCGCCACCGACAAGAAAUUAACCAGAUCGGACAAAGAAGACAGCACCUCUUCCGAUAGCGACUCGAGCAGCGAAUCUUCUUCCUUGACCUCGACCUCUUCGUCGUCGUCGUCGACGUCAUCGAGUUCGUAUUCUAGUAGCAGCAGUAACGAUAGUUCCAGUAGCGAAGAAUCUUCGGAGGAAAGCGCGUCUUCGGAAUCGGAGAAAGAAGCGAAAUCCAAGGAAAAACAUCGCAAGAAAAAGCACUAGUAACGGUUCUUUGUGAUAUUUUCUCAUUUUAUACGCCACUCCGUGUAAAUAUGACGUUAAAGUUACGUUUGUUUUAAAAGAAACGAAUACGCACUAACACCGUCGACCGACGUUUCCACCCGCGCCAUGUAUUUAAUAUAAUUUUAUUAAAUACACAAUUUUCGAUAA